AAAGAUGCGAUCAGCCAGGAGAAAUCAGCCGCAUUUUCUUCUCCCUUUUUUCCCUUAAUCGCUCCUUUUUCGCCGACCAGAAGGAGGCUGCAAGCGGCCACCCGACUCGCGGUGGUCGGUCCGGAGCCGUCGACAAGCAGAGGAAAGAAAAAUGUCGACGUUGUGAAGGCGGAGGAAGACGGGAGACUUUUUUUUUUUUUUUUUUUUUUUUAACCCGGCGGCGGCGGUGGUUUGGGCUCGAGAACUCCAGUAUGUCCAAGCGGCGUGCAUCGGAGCGAGGCGCUGGUGAGACAUCAGCCAGGGCCAGCAAGCUUCAGUGUACUGGGAUAUCUGGCAGCAAUGCCAAGCGAGCCGGCCCGUUCAUCCUGGGGCCUCGUUUGGGCAACUCACCAGUGCCCAGCAUAGUGCAGUGUCUGGCCAGGAAAGAUGGGACUGAUGAUUUUUACCAGCUCAAGAUCCUGACGCUAGAGGACCGAAUGGACUCUGCCGGCGAGACGCAGGAGGAGAGGCAAGGGAAGAUGCUUCUACACACUGAAUAUUCCCUUUUGUCUCUGUUGCACAACCAAGACGGCGUGGUCCACCAUCACGGUCUCUUCCAGGACCGGGCCUAUGAAAUCGUGGAGGACACAGAGGCCAAUAAGGUGCGCAAAAUGAAGAAGCGCAUCUGCCUAGUGCUUGACUGCUUGUGCGCACACGACUUUAGCGACAAGACAGCCGACCUCAUCAACCUGCAGCACUACGUAAUCAAGGAAAAGCGGCUGGGUGAGCGUGAGGCCAUCAUCAUCUUCUACGACGUGGUGCGUGUAGUAGAGGCCCUGCACAAGAAGAACAUCGUGCACAGAGACCUCAAGCUAGGAAACAUGGUGCUGAACAAACGGACACACCGAAUCACCAUCACCAACUUCUGCUUAGGAAAACACCUGGUGAGUGAGGACGACCUACUCAAAGACCAGAGAGGAAGCCCCGCCUACAUCAGCCCCGAUGUGCUAAGCGGUCGCCCUUACCGCGGUAAGCCCAGCGACAUGUGGGCUCUUGGUGUGGUCCUGUUCACCAUGCUGUAUGGCCAGUUCCCCUUCUAUGACAGCAUACCUCAAGAGCUCUUCCGCAAAAUCAAGGCUGCCGAGUACUCCAUCCCAGAAGAUGGACGCGUGUCCGAGAAUACGGUGUGUCUGAUCCGAAAGCUGCUGGUGCUCGACCCUCAGCAAAGGCUGACCGCUGGUGAGGUGCUGGAAUCCCUUGGUGACAUCGUCGCCUCUUGGCAGUCUGUUUCGUCGCUGAGUGGCCCGCUGCAGGUUGUUCCAGAUAUUGACGAUCAGGUCAACCACCCAGAGCAUCUACAAGAGGCCAAAGUGACGGAGGAGUCGUCGCAGUACGAGUUUGAGAACUACAUGCGUCAGCAGCUGUUGCUGGCCGAGGAGAAGAACACAUUUCACGAGGCCAAGAACUUCCUCAAGCGUCACUUCAACAGCCUGCCCCCGGUGCGGCGGUUAGGCCACGAUGCCCAGCCCGUUAGCCCGCUGGACGCUGCCAUUCUGGCACAGCGCUUCCUCCGCAAGUAGACCCUUAUACUGAACUCGCAGCCAGGCAGGUGGGGGCACCCUCUGUGUGUAGACUUUGGGCCAUGCAAGGUGAAACAAAUGGGGCAGAACCGCUCAAGAAAGGGCCUCUGUUCACCUUGUAGUCACUGUGCAACCUCCAUCUAUCUACAUUGUCUGUGUGUAUUCUGGACCUCCUGAUCAAUACAGGACCACCAUCAUGUAGCAGGCCCCCUCCUUCCUUCUACUGUUGUCCCAUUUCGGCAAACCAAGUCAGUCUACCUCUCCGUCUCUUCUUCUGUGUUGGUAAACCAGGCUCACCGUUCUACGAUGCCACCGGUGAAGUUCGGUUUUUUUUGUCACGCAAUGGGCAUAACACAACAGACACUCUCAAGUGGUUCUUUGCGAGUUGGGACGAAAUAAGCUUUUUUUUUUUUUUUUUUUUUUUUUUGUUUUCAACCAAUCUGACUUUGGAGUAGCAUUUUUAUUAUCCCUUUGAAGACAGACACCAUGGAAGCGCGCUUUGGUACUUGUUGUGUCAUCCCUGUCGGAGAUCUCGUUCCUAGCAUCAGGCAGCUAGUGUGCACAAAGCCUGGAAGUUGCCACGCCAAGAUCCCCAAUAAGACCCAAAUGUUGGACGCCGCUUCGUUAACCUCUUUGAUGCCACAGCCAAAACUCACAUCAAAUUCCUGGAACGCCACGGAACUGGUACCGAGCGCCUCUUUCGGAAUUCAAACGGCUUCCAGGUAGUCCACCGGAUGAUGGACAAAGUGUGUUUUUGAUUUUCCAGUAUGAAUGUGAAUGACACUUUGACAUGUUUGCAUAGCUUUGUGUGUGUGCAUGGCUGUGUGCGUGCCUGUCCGUGCGUGCAUGCCUGCCUUUGUGCGCGUGUUUCAAACCAGGGCCUGCCGAGCCAUCUGCCUCAGCAGCCAUCUUUAAGCUAUUCUUCAUUUGACGUUUUCCCACUGCACAAUACCGGGUUGGUUCGAGGGAACUGCAAAUACACGCAGCACCAAACCCCACAGAAAGGUGGACAGAUCUUAUCUGACAGCAAUGACAAACAGGGGACUGCACCCAAGGAGUAUAUAAUUACAGUGUCAGGUACAGCUAAGCUAGCAUUCGUUCUUUUUAUUUUUGUAAUUUACGUAUCCUUAAACAAUAGUUUGUCUGAGAUGAGACUUGGGGCAGCCAAAAAAAUAGAAUGCUGCUUACAGGUGGAGACUGUGGGAUAUAUUCUUUCCUCUAGACCUGAAGGCACUGCAAAGAGUUAUCCUGUCUCUUUUUUUUUUUUUGGUCAUUUCUACCUGCAUUUUGUCAACCGAUGUUUUCAUGCCUGAGAAGAGUCUGUGGGUAGAGAGAAAACAGAGCAUCGACGCCAACCCGAGACUGGAUCAGUUUACUGCUAAACCUACGAAAGCGUUUAACGUAUCAGUCAGAACGCCAGCAGCUAUGCUACAGAGAAUCAUCUUGCUUGAGAGGAGAUCAUGGGCAGCGAAAAAGUGGGCUAGAUUAUGCACAAUAUAACUGCUCUUUCCGAAGCCAUUAUAGCUAGGCUACGUGUUUUUUUUUGGUUUUUUUUGACACUUUCUCGCUUGUGUCCUCAAGUCGUGACACCUGAAUGCAAUCGCAGUUUUGUUUAGUUUUUGUUGUUGUUGUUUUUAGUUUUUUUAAUUUCAGACAUACUCUCAAGUCUCCACUUGGCUGAAGUGGCCUGUUUUCUUUCUGGGAUCAAAUGUGCUUCCUUUGCAUUUCUGUUUUUGCAGUUGUGUUCCUUUGUAUUUCCAAGUGGGUACUGUGUGGUGGAAAAGCGUCCAAAUGGUGUUUAUUAUCUGGCACACUGUGAAAAGCAGACCAACACAGAGCUUGAUAUGAUUUUUUUUGUUUGUUUGUUUGUUUUUGUUGUUUUGUUUUUUUUUUUUUCCCCUUCCAUUUAGGCAGGGCCCCUUGCUCAUGUAUUAGCAGCCCCGUAUUACAUGUAUUAUUCCACUGUGUAGGUGCUUGGUGAUCCAUACUGUAAUAUUUUUCAUUUUAUUUCUUAAAUUAUUUUACUUUUUUUGCUGCCUUGGAUUGUGGUGACUAUAUGAAUGAAUCUAGGUUAAUUUUCUUAGGCAAAGCUAGGCACGCUUGGCACUGUUAAGCAACUUUGCCGCUGCCUCAUUUGCUCUUCCUCCUACGUAUUUAUGUUCGCAUCUCACCUUCAAGGUUGUUUUAUUUAUUGUAUGCUCAAAAAAAAAAUAUCAGCUACAACGAUGAAAAAGUAGCAAUUUGCUUUAGUCUUCCCACAGUCUGGGAGCACAACCUAAAUUAAAAUGCAUCACAUACUUGCCAUAAACUGCAUUUUUGCCAUAUUGCCACCAUUUAAGCUACUCAAAUUUAUGCUUGGCUUUAGUUUUCUUUUAAUUAAAAUUUCAGUUUAUUUUUCCUUCACAAUCACUAAUUGAAAGUCCCCAUUAGAAAAUGUGUGAAUUCCAUAUCAGUAUUGUAGUAGUACACAAAUACAAAUUUCCAGUGAAAAUGGCCCACCUAAUAGUAAUUAGAAGUAGAAAUAUACUUAAUGUGAAUAAAAUUGCCCCCCCUGCAACCUGUUACUCUUUCAAUAUUUAGCAGCUUUUUUUAUUCCUGUGUUGCUACUGUGGUUUUGAAAAGCAUGAAGAUAACGUAACGAGAUGCAUGUUUCUGCAGUCUGCGCCGUGCCACUUAUUUUGUAGCAAGAGAACAUCUAGAUUUUUUUUUUUUACCUUCUCCUCCCUAAUUUAAUAUCAGAUGUUUCCAAAAUUUGAUUUUUUUUUCUUCAUAGAUUUCCACUUGGUUCCUUCCACUAAUUUAAGAGCAACAAUUCCACAUUUGGCCAAAAUAUUGACCAUAAUUUAUAUUUGUAUUAUUUUGUUGCAAUUUUUGUCUUUAAAGAUUUUGCCCCUCAACCCCGCCAUUAAUUUGACAGAAAAAUGUAUGUUCAUUUAAUUUAUUUUUGUAGCAAAAUUGCAUAUUUUUUCAGAAAGUUUUCCUCCCUGAAUUUUUUUCUUAAAAUAUUUCCUGUUCCAUUAAUUUAAUAUGAAAAUUAACCCAAAAAAAGUAUACAUCUAUAUCAACAUAGUUUCCCAAAAGUUUUUUUUCUUCUUCAAUGUUCCACUUGCCCUCUUCCACUGUUAAUUUUCAUAUUUUCCUCAAACUACAAUAUAAAAUAUCGCCCCUGUGGUUCGACAGAUUUCACCAUUGGUUGCAAAAUGUUAAUUUUUUCCCAAUUGCUUUCAGUCACAUUUUUUUUUAAUCCAGAAAUAUAACAGAAUUUGAUUUUCUACCCCUUCCUGACCCCGCCUUAUUUACUUAUCGAGUAAUAAAAUUUGUCUCCAUUUUUGUACAGUUUUUAGUAGCAAAAUUGCAUUUUCCAAAAUGUUAGUCCUCUUCAAGAAAACAUUUCACCUGGAUUUCCUCUUUUGCUUUAGUAGCAAAAUUACUUUUCCCCGAUUUUUUUUUUUUUUUUUUU